GAAAGUAGCUAUUAUUUAAUGAGUAAUUUUAAAGACUCGGAUCUCUAUGACUGUAACUGGGUCACAGAAUCUGACGGGUCAUUAUUUUCUGUUUCGCCGGCAAAUGAAGCGGUUUCAUUGGACAGGUCUGCUAACGUUAAAGGGGGCGUGAAGUUUAAGCUAACACUUAGCUCUCGUGUGAUCAUCUGGGGUUCUGGUUCAUUCUUGGCGGCGCCCAGCACAAACGAUAAAUGAAAUAGAGUCCAAGGGACAUUAUUUUCAGUAGGCAUAGUUUAGGUACUUUUGUGAGCUGGACUGGUUAUCAGGCUGAUGGACAUAAACCUUCAGUGAAAUGGUGAUCCGGCCUCUCAGUCUCGCUGGAAAUGGCAUUUUGGCUGUUGGCGUCAAUGCUAGCUUAGCUUCUCUAGUUAGCUUGUCAGGCUAGGCUAGAUACCUGAGCUGUUGGUUGUACCCGAACCACCCGGCUAGCGAUAAGUACAUUAGCAAUGCUGUGUUAGCAAGUAAGCUUGACAAUCUUAGUAGCAACGUCGUUACUUUAACGUUGCUUAAAAUGAACGUAAGCUGAACAUUCAUUUUGCAUUUAAGGCAACUACUUAGCUGGUUUGGUAAACGCUAGCUCAUUUACGGCGCUUACAUGCAGUUCCACUGCUAUCUUGCACCCUCAAACUAACGGGACAGUAGCUAACAGCUACUGGGCAUUGUGUGGUAUGUAGCCAUGGCAUGCUAACCAUCCAUCAGGGAAGUUGGUGAGUGGUCAUAACGUUUCAGACAACGUUAUUGCAGGAUAGUUUUAAGCUGGAAAUUUAGCUGUAUGUGAAGUGUAGGAGUAACCUCAUGGUUAAAAACUAUCGUUAAUUUGUUUCUGCACCAGGGUUAUACUGACGAAAGGGGCCUGCAAAUUGCUGAGAGUCGUCUACAUUGUGUUAGUUGGUUUGUCUCGCGUUAGCCUCAGUUGCCUGAUUGGGAACGGUUCUUUCAAACAUGUGAAACUAGUGAGGUUUGGAGAUCAGUAAUGUAACAUUACUAGGCUUGAAUGGAAGUUGAUGAGUUUGUGACGGGCUGCAUUAUCCAGCAAAAUGAACAAUCCCGGAGUCAUGCCACAAGAAAAGAUGGAGCUGGAUCUGGAAAUCCCAUCUUGCUUAGUUCAGACUGAUGGACACCUGAGGAGAUCAAACAGUGCACCCAUGAUAAAUGGCUUAAGUGAUAACUCCCAAGUGUUCCAGAGAGAGGUGUUACGUAGUCGAAGAAAUAGCACUACGGUGGUCAACAGACCUAACAUGGUCCCUUCAUCGCCUAUCCGCAUCCCCAGCACCAGGCUUCAUCAGAUCAAACAAGAAGAAGGAGUGGAUGUGAUGAACAGGGAAACGGCUCAUGAGAGGGAAGUUCAAGCUGCCAUGCAGAUGAGCCAGUCAUGGGAAGAAAGCCUUAGUUUGAGUGACAAUGAUCAGGAGAAAUCGGCAUCUUCGUCUCCAAAGCGGAUCGACUUUGUGCCUGUAUCACCUGCUCCAUCUCCAACCAGAGGAAUAGGAAAAAAGCAGUGUUUCUCUCCUUCACUACAAAUACUAGUAAGCAGCAACGGUCUCACACCCAGCCCGAUACCCAGCCCAACGCGCCGAUUUAGACGGAGUCAAAGCCCAAUCAACUGCAUCCGAGCGAGCAUACUUGGUCCGAUAAAACGCAAAGGUGAGAUGGAGAUGGAGAGUCAGCCUAAGAGGCUCUUCCAGGGUACCACCACCAUGCUGUCCUCGGAUGUCUCCAACCUGUCAGAUCUCAGUUCCUGUCACUCUCCAGAUUUACUUGAUGGCAGUCUGAGCAGCGUCGGCUCGUCCACCGACUCCCCGGGAAAAAUGGAGGGAGUGUCACCUUCGUCGUCAAGCAACUCACCCUUUGCCUCCCUUCAGGAUUUGUCCCCUAAGUGAGCACAUGAUUGCUUGAGUCUGAAAAGUGGUGGUAAAGAGCCUUCCCCGCUCUGGAGGGAACCGUUUUCCUUUAAAGACGCCCACCUCACCAGCACCUAAAUGUAGUUUUGCCGAGUCGUCCAUGUUUGCCUCCAAACCUGCUGUCUUCAUGGCUACUUUCAUGGAGUGGGUCUUAGAUACGUUUUGAAUUCAGGAAUCUGAAGUCUGGGAUGAGUUUGUGUGGGGGAGGUGGGUCUAAAGAAACUGACUGAAAACACUGUGAGCGCCAGCUGCUAGUUGAGUGUCAUGGAUGGUGCUUGGCUUCAUAGUAAUAUUGUGUUAAACGGCCUUUCCUGCAAACCUGUCCGACCGCGUCCCCUCGCCACAGAGACAUCGAGCACUGGACAAAUAAAAAUGAGACUUUUUCCCGACGUGUACAUUUCCCCGUUCUUGUGCUGGGAAGCUUCUUUCCGUUGGCCUUUGUAUGUACUCCGUCUGCAGAUUUUGUAAAAUAUAUAACUUAUUGUUUACCUGCUUUGUUUGUAAUUAUGUACAUAACCAUGUCUGAUGUCAUAUUUAGUUUUACAUUUGGCUGUGAGGUGAAUGUAGGCACAGGUCUUAAAAACCAAGAGCUUUUCUUUAUUAACUGCAUCUGGGGUACAACAAUGGAGAUUUUUCUUUUUGUUUAUACUGUAAGAAGAUUUCAGAUAUUUUUAUGAUAUAGGCUGUGAACUGUGGUGAUUUCUCUAUUUUUCCCCUGAAGUUUGGAUCCUAAGUGAUUUGCUGCAGUGAACAUUCGAUGCACCUAGCAGUGGAUCAUUGACGUAAAAAGAUGGUCGUUCCUGGUAGUCUUUUAACACUAAAGGUUCCUCUAUCCUGAGUUUUUGUCAGGAUCAUUUUUUGUAGACAUGAAAAGUAUAGAAAAGAUGACCUUUUUUUCUUUUCCUUUGGCAAAGUGUUCUUAUUUAUGGAAAAAUGUUUAUAUAAAAGAAGGGUGAUAGGUUUCUAUCGCCAGUGAAAGUGAAAAGUUUGUGUUAUUUACACCAAAUGAACUGACUGCUGGAGCACUCUGCAUCAAACCAGAAGAACAAGCAUCAUCACAUUGUGAUUAAAGAGACUGCUGUUGCUGCUGUGGUUACGUGUAUUAAAAGCUUAUUGCACGGGACGCUCCAUCCUGACCUGUUUCAGCCUGCAAAUUAGUCUGAAGUCUUAAACAGCAAGAAAAGAACUUGAUGUUUUAAACAAAAUAAUAGAAAAUCUUGACAUUGAGCCUGCACUGUGAUAUUUGCACCUAAAUAUGUCAUCAGUUGCCGUGGCCCCGGUGUCCAUACCCACCUGUGUAGCUUCAUACUUCUGACCCUCUGUAUGGCUUCAUAGCCUUUAAUGUUUAUGUAUAAAAGAACAUUAAAAAAGGAAGUGAUUGUAAAGCUUUUUAAGGAAGUGUGCCCUUUAAAGAAAUGUGUGGUUGCAGUUCAUUUUUUGAAUGUCUUUAUUUAUGAAAUGGCAGAAGCAUUUUUUUUUAAAUCUGGUCAUCUGAAGCGUUCAGGGCAUGAAUUUAGCCGUUGAUGCUGUAUUAGUGUCUAAUCUGCCAAGCUGGCUAGCGCCUCACCUUUGCUUGUGUGUUUUGUGAUCGCCCUCGUAGCAGACAUCAGGACUAAAUAAAUACUUUCAUAAUUA